AUGGCGGCUCCGGUGCCUAAACCCAGAACAAAGUUCGCUGACAGUCCCAGUCCGAAUGGGACCAUUUCUAGUUUUAAUCAGGUUCGUGGAUGAGUUCUGACGUAUUCCGAUUCCAAAACGUUUCUCUUUCAGCCGACCCAAAACGAGCAGAUCUCCCCAGUCCCUCCAAUUCCACAGCCUUUCGAAAACGGACAAGAAGUCCGAUUCCGCAGAGCCCAAGAGCUCGAAGACGUCCCUUUGAGCCUUGCCGACACAGUGCCCAAAUCGCCGUCCCCACCGGCAGUACCCCCGAGACCACCAGCCAAACCGCCACGCACCGUGCUCAAUCACUCGACCGCGGAGACCUUUGGAAAUGUGAUCGGAGAGCUUCAAGUACGAGUGGGGGAGACUCCGAGACCGCCGGAGAUCGGACUGAUACCGCCCGUGGAUCCCGAAUGCAUGAGUCCGCCCACGAGACACGCCCCGCCCCCGCCGAGACCUCCACCGCCGCCAGGAUGGAAACCGGAAGUGGGGCAGAAGCCGUUGGUGCCCGAGAGAGGUGGCAGUCAUUCGAAGUGAGUGAGCGUUCUUGUAAUCGGAAAUAAUUAGGAUCCUUGCAGCCGUCCGCUUCCUGCAAUCCCGAUCGACGUGGAUCUGUCUCCUCAGUCUGGCCCAUCUUCAUCAAAUACGCAAUACUCGGGCCAACAAACUAUCGAGAAUCCCAUCUACCUUUGUUUGGACAACUUCAGAGCAAUCUCAGGGAUCACGCCUUCUCCGAGCAAUCGUAAGCUUUUGAGAAUAACUCUCUUCCAAUCUUUUUUCUUUGUAGCACCCACAGAAUCACCGGAUUGCGAGCAAGUGACCGAGUGGCUGACCGAGGAGGAAGAAGCUGAAUCAUCCUCGGCGCACCGUCCGAUCGAUCUCAACAUAUCUGCCCAAUCGGGCACCUCUACUUCCUCCCACCACGAAGAGAAUCCGUACACGCCGUGCCCGCGACGGAGCGACUAUUCGAGCUCCGAGUUCAUCGGCUCGACCGUCGAUCCGUUCGACGACGCCUUCUUCUCCGCCAACAGCUCGAGACAGUCGUUCGGCUCCUCGUCCCGACAGAAUCACUACGUGUCCCCGCACGAACUGUUCAGUGGAGCCGGCGAGAAGAGCAAAGGAUCUGUGGACUUGGACAACGUCGUGGAGGCGUGUGCUCCAGAAGUGACGAUGUCCACGACGACGACGCCGAGUCCUCUUCCGCACGCUUAUGUGAACAUUGCUCCGUUGGCGUCGGAUACGAUCUCCCGAUUAUCGGACGAUUCCGAGGAGAAUUUUGUGAGAGAAGCGGGCAAAGUGAAAAUCGACGGAAGCUCCAUCGCCUACGUCGGAUUCGUCUGUCUCACAAGUGUAAGUUCUGAACUUCUGACGUCUGACUUUCAUAUUCAUCAUUGAGUUUUCAGACACGGAGGGAAAAACGCCUUCACGGACGCCUCCGCAACAUGCAACUGAGCUUCCACGAAGACGAAGAGUCCACCGACGCCGUGAGCGGUCCGUUCGACAUCAAAGACAUCUACAUGUUCCGUCAAAUCCGUCGGGACACCCCUCAGGACUCUGCGAGCACCUCCACCGCCGCCUCGCUCUGCUCCCCGAUCCUCAUCCACAUUGGCGAGAAGCGAACAGUCGUCUCGUUCGUGCCCGAGGACUCCUCUGACUCGUGGAUGUUCAUGAUCUCCGAAGCGUGGCUCUCCCUUCAUUACGGCCUGACGCCGGCUCUCAAAGACGUGCAGGAGUUGAACAUCUGUGGAAAUGUGUGGAUCAAGCACGGAACGACAGGGGAAUGGCGGAACUGCGCAGUCGGCAUCACAAAUAUGACGCUUUACUACAUGCUCUCCGACUUUCGCGAUCGAAUUCUGAACAGGAACUGCUCCAUGGAAGAGCUGGUUGACGUGGAUUUGAGGAAGGUGAUGACUAUGAGAGACCGCAUCGACAAGACGGAGUUCUGUGCGCACGUAAAGCACAAGAGGGGACCGUUCUCAAUGACUCUGAACGGAGUGACCCUCUACAUCGACUCGCGCGACGAUCCGACAACCUCCAACUGGUUCGACGCCAUCGAUACGCUCAUCAAGAAGCCACAGAGCCGUCUGGAGAAUCUUCGACUGACCGGGGAGAAUGUUCCAGUGGUAAGCACCGCGCAAUCUUACAUUACAGUAACCCAAACCCUUUCAGAUUGUUGACAAAUGCAUUCGAUUCGUGUCCGCCUACGGCAUGAAAUCCGAAGGAAUCUACCGGAGAAACGGAAAAGUGACCGAGGCGAAAAUGAUUUUGACAAAAUUGACAGAAGGUGAUUCAAAUUUUCAAUCGUUAUCGUCCCAAUCAGACUUGAGAUUGUCGAGAGUCGGGUAGGCACCACUGGCCACUUUCAGUCCCUUCGCGAUCUUUUGCUCCUUCUCGUUCAGUGGGAUUUGUCGGGGAGCCUGCAAUAUUAUUGAUCAGAAGAGCGAGAGGUCCUGAUGACCCACAUCAAUGGGAGCAUCCUCGGGACUUCCUCUCAAGUCCCUUCUCUUCUUCCGCUCCUUCUCCUUCUUUUUCUUCUUCUCUUUCUUCCUCUCUUUCUUCCGUCUCCUCCGCUUCUCGUCCUCCUCCUCUUCAUUCUCAUCCAAUUCCUCCUUCUUCACCUCCUUUUUCGAAUCGGAUACCGAAGACGAUGUGGAUUUGUUUCGGCCGCACGUCCAAAUGAGUACGGUCAUUGUUAGAAAAACUGAAAAGAGGGUGGAGACUUGAAACGUGGGAAAAGAUACCUCCAAGAAUAGAAGAAAGCAUUUGAAAGUAUUCGAAAAGGAUUGUGAUUUGUUUUACAUGGAGUGUAUAAUCAGAAAUAAAAAAAAAGUAGGAGGAGCAGAGGUUGUUAUUAUUUUAAUGGAAAACCGAUAUUGUAGGUUUCUAAACUAGACCACGUUGCACAUCUUCAAAACUACAAUAUCUCAAUGUUCCAGACCCUGUCGGAUAUUAUCCAGUUCAAGAAACCGACGAGACCGUCUACGCCGUCGCGGAUGUGCUCCGUCAGUUUUUCCGCAAACUCGACGAGCCCCUCUUCCCCAGCAGUUCGCAGGCCGAUCUGUUCGACUUGGCACUCGAGGCGCAAUCGGAAACGCUGUGGAAUCGGUACGCCGAGCUCAUCGAGCAACUGCCGACAGUCCACCACGCGACACUCAAAAAACUGGUGGCCCACCUUCGGAACGUCUCCGAACACGCGACGGAGAACAGAGCGAGCGUCGAAAACCUGGCCAAAGUGUUCGGAGCGAGUCUGUUUCUGACGGAUUCGAUGGAGCAGAAAGUGUUCGGCGAGACGUACAACCAUCAGAUCAACGCGAUGAUUCAUCUCAUCACGGGCUACGAUACCAUUUUCCAGGUGAGCUGUGCUUCGAGAAUCAUAUUUAAUCCGACAACUCUUUCAGAUCAGUAUGGAAGAAGAGCUCUCCCGCCAAAUGGUCAACGACGCCGAGAAGAAGUCGGUGAACGCGAAGAAGCCGAGCCCCGAUUUCAUGGUCGCCGUGCACGUGUGGGAGAAGGACAACCGGGCGUUCAACGUGAAAACGAGCCUCGCGUGCGAAGAGGUGUGCCGGGAAGCGGUCGCAAAACGGGGAUUCGAUGGCCCCGCCGAUUCGCCGUACGCCGUCUUCGAGUGCCUUUGCGAAGGACAACUCGUGCGACGUCUUCCGGCCGCGCAGAAGGUGAACAAGUGCUUCUUGCAAUGGAUCGACUGGCGCUGCAAGGACGCCUUCCUGCUGUUCGAUCACGACAAAUAUCGAUUCGACGGCACGGAAAUGUCUUGUUUUACCGGGAAAGUGAAGGUCGCCGAGCCGGGAUCCAAACAGUUCAAGUCGUACGAAGUGAAGAUCGAGAACGGAACAUCAGUGAGUGAAAGCCUUCGUCGUUUCGUUUCACACUUGUUGUCCUCAUUUCAGAUUGCCGCAUUCCGAAACGAGAAACUUUGGAAAUCGUGGCCACUGGACGAGGUGAUCUGGUACGUCGGCGCGGAAUCUUCGCGAAAGUCGCCGAACGCCUUCAACGCCACCAUGAUCUCCGCCUCGAAAACCGGCUACGCCCGUCACUUCCCCGGCUUCUGCUUCUCUUUCAAAGAGGAGUCGGAGAGGAGCCGUUGGAUGACGGCCCUGUCGCAUUUCACAAAGAGCACCGAUUCGGAGCCGCUCGUCUACAUUUGA